CGCAAAGCACAACUACUACCAUUGCGACAUUUCCUUCGAAGUAUGAACGAGUCUGCUGUAUUAAAACUGCUACGGUUAUGCAUACGCAGGUGUGUUGCUAUACGCCGCGAAGGGUUCCGGCAAGACGUAGCCGAGUCGGCGCUCCUCUCGGAGAAAAUGGGCGAAGUCGCUGCUUGGUAAAACCUCUUUUGCCCUCCGAUCUUUCGGGGUGUUGAACAUUUUACCGCAAAUAAUGGGAUCUCUUUCCUACAUUGACGUAGAUCAUGUCUCUGACUCUUGGGUAUACAUCUAACUAUACCUGCUUUCAUAUGCGCUCUUCUUCUUGUCAUAAAUCGUUUCAAGUCGACUGUUCCACUGCCAAUCAAUGAGACAACGACUCCUGUCUGAUAUCUGGACAAUUUACACAUCAUGGGGUCAUCCACUACACCACCGCCGAUAGCCAAGGAGACUUUCAAGACCGGAACAGAUUUGCCAAGUUGGCACAAAUUCGUCAUUCUCUUCACUGUCAGUUUCAUGUGCCUGGCUGCAACAUUCUCGAGUACAUGUCUAUACCCAGCGACACCGGAGAUAGCAGCAGAGUUUGGGACUACGGCAGAACAUAUCAACGUUACCAAUGCUGGAGUACUGCUUGCCAUGGGCUCGUCUAGUUUUAUCUGGGCACCGAUAGCGAGGACGCUGGGAAGGCGGACGGCAUACAAUAGUGCUAUCGCUGUUUUGUUCUUGUGCUCAAUUGGCACUGCGUUGUCGAUCAACAUGGCUAUGUUUACGGCUAUGAGAGUUCUUGCUGGAUUUCAAGGUACUUUUAAUAUGGUUGCCGGCCAAACCAUCAUAGCCGAUAUCUUUGAUCCGAGAAGAAGAGGCACAGCUAAUGGAUUUUUCAUGGUUGGUUCAAAUCUUGGACCCGCACUUGGCCCUUUGGUCGGCGGUAUCAUCGUGUCGUUCGCCUCAUGGCGGAUAAUCUUCUGGGUACAGACUGGGAUGGUAGGAUUCGGUCUUGCCCUGUCUUUGUUCUUCAUUCCGUCCAUCGCCCAGCCACACCAGACCAACGAGAAGCCCAGCUUCAAACUCUGGGCCAAGUCGCAGGUGGAGAUGCUCAAAGUUUUUACCUUGCUCAUCUAUCCUAAUGUCUUUUUCGCGGAUCUCGCCUGCGGUCUCCUCGCAUGGACGCAAUACUCCCUCUUAGCCGCGCCUCGCCACUUGAUCAACCCUCGCUUCGAUCUCACAUCUCCCCUCGUCUCUGGCCUCUUCUACAUUGCACCUGGAGCUGGCUUCCUAUUAGGUUCUGUGGCAGGAGGCCGUUUCUCAGACAUGACAUUGGCCAAAAAGACCAUUGAGCGUGGAGGAAAACGAGUACCACAAGACAGACUCAACAGUGGUCUCAUCGCCUUCUUUUUCAUUGUCCCUGCUUCUCAAUUGAUCUACGGAUGGUGCCUACAAUACAACGUUGGAGGUCUGGGUCUUGCCAUUGUGGCCGCCUUCUUCACGGGCGCGGGUCUUAUGGCUGCUUUUAGUUCGCUGAAUACGUAUUGUGCUGAAGCGAUACCAGAGCAACGAACUGCAGUCAUUGCCUCCAAAUACUUUAUCCAAUACAUCUUUGGCGCGUCUGGUAAUGCAGCGAUUGUGCCUUUGAUCGACUCAAUAGGCAUUGGGCUUGCUGCUACGAUAGGCGUUGUUUUGUGCAUUACUGGUGGAGUUCUGGUGUGGACACUCGCAAAGCAUGGAGGAGCUAUGCGGGCAUUUAUUGAUGCAAAGUUGGGUCAUUCUGUGGAUACAGAUGAUGAAAAGUAAGAGCAUGACCAUAGAGCAAAUUGUAGGAUAAUAAAGUACAUGUUUACGAUCUUUAUGAGCGCUUUAGUUAUGUUAAGCGUGCCAAUUGACAAGCACAAGACAAUUGAAC